UUGACUUAACUUAAGAAUUUGACUGUCCUCGUUCAUUAUCGUGUUCGUCAUCUCGUCUUUCCAGUGCUUUGAAAUCCUGCUCUAUAAUCAAAUCAGCACAGUAUCUGCGUCAUCAACUCGACUAGAGCCUCUUCACUCUACGUUACCUUUGGCUGCCGAUUAGAUAUAACUGGGAUACGCUCCUCACCUAUCCCAGCUUUCAACAAGUCCAAGUAACAACUCAUCUUCGAAACACCAUCACCGCGUCUUGAACAUGCCUGCCUUCAUCUCCCAAACAUCCUCGCAGGUGUCACUCACCGACAUCAAGCUUGAGUGCGAGUCAGGCUAUGUCUCUGGACAAAACUCAGAAUACUCGUCACCAUCAUCAUCAACCACUCUACCCCAGGUCUCUCUCACCAAGGCCCACAUCAACCAUCUCAACAACAUGCUCGAGGAUAUGCACCCCAUGGACAUACUUCGAUUCUGCAAGGUCAUGUUCCCUAACCUGUACCAAUCGACUGCCUUUGGCUUGACCGGUCUCGCAACCAUGGACAUGCUCUCCAAGAUCCAGAAGGAGCACCCAAACUCUCCCACUGUCGACCUCAUCUUCUUGGAUACCUUGUACCACUUCAAGGAGACAUACGACCUUGUCGACCGAGUCAAGGAGCGAUACCCUAACGUCCCUGUCCACAUCUUCAAGCCCGAUGGCGUCAACACUACCGAAGAGUUCGAGGACAUGUACGGAAAGGAGAUGUGGAACACCGCCAGUGAGAUGUAUGACUGGAUUGCCAAGGUCGAGCCUCUCCAGCGAGCUUAUGAUGAGCUCAAGGUUGCUGCCGUCCUCAACGGUCGUCGACGAUCUCAGGGUGCUGCCCGUGGAUCCAUCCCCAUCAUUGAAGUUGACGAUGAGCGUGGUGUUGUCAAGAUCAACCCUCUGGCCACUUGGUCCUUCAAGCAGGUCAACAACUACAUCAAGGAGAACAAUGUUCCCUACAACGCUCUCCUCGACCAAGGCUACAAGUCCAUCGGCGACUGGCACUCUACUGCCCCCGUCAAGGAGGGUGAAGACGAGCGAGCUGGCCGAUGGAAGGGCCAAGACAAGACUGAGUGUGGUAUCCACAACAAGAAGUCUCGAUACGCCGAGUUCGUUGCUAUGAUGGAGCGCAAGCAACAAGAGGAGAAGCUUGCUGCUGCUCUCGAGAAAGUGGCUCUGCCCACCGUAUGAGUGCACUUGCACCCAGACAACCACUUAUCUUUGAUGACUUAAUGAUUGAGGCAUUAUGCGAGGCGUU